GUGGCGGGUCAGGGUGUAGGGUUCAGUGAGUUAUCUUCUCCAUCAAAUGGUUCAGACAAUACGAAACGGCCAGGAACACCGCAAAUAACGCCAUCAGAGCUUACUCGUCCCGUUAAUUUACAAAGAAUCGUACAAAGGAAAGCUCAAAUCAAGACAUAUCCUGUUAGAAAAAAGCUUGAAAAGCUGGGCGUCUAUUCAUCUUGCAAGGUAAAAGUUACUUUACCUCAUUUCAUUGUGUAUGCUCACUGGAGUGGAAUGAUGGAAAAAUCUUUUAUUUUCUUGUAAAGAACUUUUUUUUCAUGGCUGAUGGUAUUUAGGUUUCUUUGAAUGUUGAAAUCUUAUUAUGCCACUGUUCUCAUUGUUUCCUGUGGGGUCACAUUCCCCUUCCAUGGUAUUUUUUAGCUUUUUAUUGUCAAUUUUGAAGGUGGUAGACAUGAAAUGUGUGAAGGUAAGACAGCACCACAAAACUUGCAAAGUAUUGUAGAAUGACGGUGAAUGUGUGGUUCCAGAAAAUAUGCAUACCUCCCCCACGGAAGACUCUUUGAUUUGCACUCUCCCACCCCCAGGAUUUUCCGUUCCAUGGGGUCUUUGAUGACCCCCCUCUCUCCAGGAAUUUCCAGAACUUUUAAACGGGGACUUCUUACCUCCCUCUGAAAUUCAAAGUCGUUUUAAUGCUUUAACCCAUUCGCUCCUGGAGAUUUUGCCGAAAAACGCGUUUUGAAGCUAGUUGAGUGGUUUUCCGGUCACUGUCGUGCUAUAAAGAGCUAAAACUUACCACAAACCAGUUUACAGGUCGUACACUUCGGAGCCUUCUGAUCCAGAUGCAAAAUAUCAGCUUGCGAAGUUUGGGCAUGCGCAGAAAGCAAAAUUUCGAGAGUUUUUGGGUUUAAAAGUGACACAGCAGUCUUGACUUUUACUUUUCGCUUUCUCUCCUCCCUUCUUUUUUCGCUUUUCUUGCCUCAUUUUUUUUUCUCUUGCUGAGCAUUUAGUAGGCUUCAUUUUGGUGGGAAGAGUUUUUAGGAACGCUUUUAGGACCUUAGGAUUAGGUGAAAGGAAAGGUAGGUGAGCAAUGGAACAAGAUUUUCACGGAGAUUUUCACGUCAAUGUCACGUGGUUUUUUGCUUCUUUCUCCAGUGUCCUUGACUGAAUUGUGCUCAUUCUGGUAUGGUUUAAAAGAUCUCUUCACUCUUCACUCUGCACAAGUUAGUGAAGAAAGUUGUCCUUGACUGUGAAAACUGAUGACGUCAGAUGUGUAGAAAGGACCGGGACCCGCACGGGUGGUUACGGGCGGUUCAGGGGCGAAUGGGUUAAAAAAAGAAGUGAAUAUAAACUCAGUUACGAAAACACGGUAGAAUUUUAUCACAACAGUGUAAUGGAAGUGUAAACUUUAUUUAAGCUUAUUCUUCACCUCAACAGCUAAAAUUUUUACCUGUGCUGUUUUUAUGUAAGCUUAUAAGCUUAAACAUUUGAGUUGUUCUACGUUUUUGUGCUGACUCCGACGUGUAUGUUAUGAGGAGAACUACUGGUACUUAAGUUUCAUUUGCUUAAACAACUUUGCAAACGAUAGCAAAAAAAAAAAAUAGAAACUUACAAGGUUCCUUUCUGACCGUUUAUUUGUCUACACAUUUUGUCAGUUUCUUCAGGUUGAUUCUUAUUUCAGGACCAAAAACUUCAAUUCAACAUGCCAAACGCAAUUGGUUUCACAUUUCGUGAACAUCGUCACGAUUACAGAAGUAAUUUUACUAGCAAGGUAGCCAGGUGUUCUGAAGGUCGAACAAGAAAUGGGAACGAAAGAACUCUCAUCUCAAUGCAUUGUUUGUGAGUUGUAGAAUAUUAUAUGUUAUAGAUCGUAGAUAGUUAUUCACGAUUCCUGAGAAGACCACUUUUAUUGUGAUAAAAUUUCGUGUAUAAAUAAAGUUGAUAAUGAUGACGAUGAUGAUGAAUUACUACCCCCAUUAUAAACACUGAUAAAACAUGAAACCUAUCAAAAAUGUGUUUCCUGCAAGUGAAGGUAGCGAAAAGUGAUACUCAGUGAAGGAAGGUGAAAGCACUAAAAUGUUGGGCGGACGAAAACGAGACGAAGCUGGAAGUCUGGGGAGAAGACUCCAGUUAUGUCCACUAUUUUCAAUUGCUUUGACUUUGUUCCAAAGACACAUCAUUCUUCUAGAGAUUGUAGUGCUAGCUAACUCAAAGAAAAACAGAGACAUUAAAGCUCAUGAUGUUAACCUCAUCUCAAUAGCCAGGAGUACUGACUUUUGUUUCAAAACAACGUAUGUAAGUAUGUUUUUGUGCUUCAGAUUGAUCGUAGGUUCUUGGAAAAGAAGUUUCCCAUGAACCCCCCUACCCCUUGGAAAUUACUGCCUUUGAACCCCCCCUCCCUCUCGGAAUUUCCAAUGAUCUUCCGUGGGGGGUGGGGGGGGGGUAUGGUUAUUUUCUGGAACCACACAAUGAAGGUGGAUGAUGGAAGUGGAUGAAAGUGAAUGAGGGUGGAUAAAAGUGGAUGAAAGUGACUGAAGGUGGAUAGGUGGAUGAAGGUGAAUGAAAAUGGAUGACGAUGAAUGACAUUGAAUGAAGGUGGAUGAAGGUGGAUACUUGUGAAUGAAAGUGAAACCUCGAUGUAAUGAAGGGCCAAGGGCAAGGUUGUCACUAAGAUUUCAAGUUACCAGGUAAAUUUAACAACUUGGUGGGGAAUCAAACAGCUAAGGAUUUCUUUUGGUUCUAUUUUUCUUCUAUUUUCCAGUGAAAGUAGCCAGGGGCCACAUUCAUAGUAGCUGGGGGAAAUCCCGGCCCCCGGCCCUUUAUGACAGCCCUGCAAGGGACUGACAAAAUAUGUUUGCUAAAAGAAGAGUUUGUUAUAUUGAGGUUCUUUUCCAUAUAUUUUGCUAUAACUGGGGAUAGGAAUAUUGCUCGUUAUAACCAGAGAUUCGUUAAAAUAAGGUUCCACUGUAAUAAUUAUGUUCGCAAAUAACCUUGAUUCUCCGUAACUGGGUACUGGUAGUGGGUAUUUCCUUUAGAUCUUUACCCAAAUGUUUACCUCUCCCCCACUCCGCUGUACAAAAGUAAGUGAAAUUUUGUAACUUUGAAGAGCCACAUCUUUCUUAGUUUUCAACACGUCACUCUGAUAUUUAACGUUACUUCAUUGCUUUUAUGGUGCUCUUUCCUGUAAUGUUGAUAGAUUGUCACCAACUGUAGUUCAAGCCAAAAGUUGACAAAACCAUGGAGGGGAGGAGUCCUUUACAUUUUUAUAACUUUCAAAAUAACAUUCAUUCUUAUGAUUUAAACGUGCCAAUGCUGAAAAUUAAAGAAAAGUGACAAUUUUGUGUGUGAAGAAUAGAAAAAAUAAUAGUACCGCUUAGAGGUCUUGGCUUUCAUCAUGAAGGAUGACAGUGCAGGCAAAUAAUACACUAUUGUUGCAGAAUGAUUCUUCAGGAUCACAUUACAAGUCUUGACAUUUGCAAUCAAGUCCCAUUUCAUUCACAGUUGGUCAUAGACUUCAAAACAGUCCGUAUUUUUGGGUAGUCAAGUACAUGUGAACAGUCAAACAAAAGGUCUGGAGCGAGGCUGUUUUUUUCUCUCUCCCUCACAUGCCCUGUGUGAAUGAGAGGAUUACAGGAUUUGUGUGUGUGAGACUCUGAUGCUAUGCCGGUGCUUCGCUUCUGAAAAAAAAGAUUUUGAGAAAAAGCUUGACUGUUUUGCGGUCUAAGUUGGCCCUUUUCUUUUCCUUCAGGCUGAGGAGUCUUGCAAAUGUAAUGGAUGGAAGAAUCCCAAUCCCCCACCAACACCCAGUAGAGUGGACCUCUCUCAGCCCCUUGCUAACUUGACAGACCCAUGCCACAGUUGCAGCCACACCCUUGGUGCCCACAUCUCACACUUACAUGACAUUCCAGAAGAUGAACUUAAUAGACUGUUGUGCAUGUUAAUCGAUGUAGAGAACUUAUUUAUGUGUGUGCACAAGGAGGAAGAUGCUGACACCAAGCAAGUUUACUUUUACUUGUUUAGACUUUUGAGAAAAGGAAUUUUGCAGAUGGCAAAUGUUACAAUGGAGGGUCCCCUCGGGACACCGCCUUUUGAGAAGCCAAGUAUUAAAAAAGUAAGUGGUACCCACAGUGGCUCACACAUUAAAUUUAUCCAGUUAUAAUAUAAUUGGAUUUAAUUAACAGUACAUAAAGCAAUGCUGCUUUUAGACUACCAGCAGUCUCUCUUUUUUUUCAGAUUUAGUGAGAGCAGUGCACGCGCACGGGAGCUCCCGUCUCGCACCUUCAGUCAUGCGCCAGGCCAUUUGCGUGUCUCGUGCUUUGCUGGACGGACUACAGAAAAAAGAGAGACUGCUCGUAGUCUAUGGUGCCUUCAUUCUACCCAUACAGCACUUUAGAAUAGGGGAUGUUGAGUUUUCAAGCCACAUUAUUAUUGCUGGUACCAUGUUUAUUGAGAUAGUAUUAAGAUUGUAAUGUCUUUACCUUAGGUUGAAACUCACCAAUACUAAGCAAUCAGUCUGGUUAUUACUGUUAAAUGUCAGUACAAGUUAAUUAGCAUUAUUGGAUGAGGCUAAUUCUUAUAUAAAGUAUUCUCCUAGUCGAGGAGGGUUUUAAACCGACCUCCUGUCAAUAACAGUCAAUAACCGUAAAAUUAUAAUAACAGUAGAUGUACAUUGACAUCAGCAAACACCUUCCAAAUUUGUUCAAGGUAAAACGGAGAUUUAAAUCAAACACAAAUGGAAUGAAUAUAAAUGAGAUUAUAAUUGUAUUUUUUAAUCUCUUAGGCAGUCCUAAACUUUGUCCUUUACAAAUUUGGUCACCUUCCACAACGAGAAUGGGAGAUAAUGCGUGACUUGGCAAAAAUCUUCCUGCAUUGUCUGAAUCACUGGAAGUUAGAGACGCCAACGCAAAAGAAACUUCACAGCCAAGGAGAGGAUCUUGCUGCCUACAAACAGAACUAA